UCGAUCUGCCGUGUACCGAUAUUGUGGGUACGUACGUGUAUUGACUAAGUGAGGUGAGGGGGAAUCCCAUACAAAAUGUCGCCAUGACAGACAGCUUACCGAAACCUCACAUGUGACGUACACAAUACACCAAGAUGGGGUCCGGAGGGAGCAAGACAGCGCCCCCUAAAGGGACAGUGGAUACUAGAGUUCGUGCGAAUGGACCGUCAACGUCUCCAAAGCAUAACAAAACACCCUUGCCUAAACCUGACUCCAAAACAUCUCCAAACAAUACCCCGACUAACUCCAAAACAACUCCAAUUAAGGACUCGACAAAAACCGACUCGCAAACAACUGCAAACAACAAAACGGGAGAGACUACGUCACCUGAAAUGGCUAAUACUAAAACCAAAGCACCGUUAACGAAGUCGAAAAGUAAGCUUAAGUUUCAGCGGGGUGUGAGUAAAACUCUGAUGAAAAUGACGGGGGAGAAAACCGUUCCUAGUGUGAAUCUGACCAGGACAUCAUCUAGCCCUAUACUCAAUGGUGAUGUAAGCAUUGAGGUCCCGUCUACCAGCAAAAUCGUCAGGAUAUUUACUAGUAGUACGUUCACCGACACCAUGCACGAGCGAAACACGUGGAUGACGGAGGCGUACCCAAAACUGCGCUCGUACUGCCAAAGUCGAGGAUACGAGUUUCAGGUGGUUGACAUGAGAUGGGGAAUCCGUGAAGAUGCGUCCGACGACCACACAACCUUUGAUCUGUGUAUGACCGAACUAAAGCUGUGUCAGCAACUUUCCACCGGACCCAACUUCAUUUCCCUACUCGCCAAUAAGUACGGAUACCGAAGUCCACCGCGUACCAUAGCCGUGGACGAGUUCCAGAUCCUGUUGGGAGGAGUGGAAAACGAGGAAAUCAAAGCUCUUUUAACCAAAUGGUAUCUUCGUGAUGAUAAUGCUGUGCCCCCCGAAUACGUGUUACAACCAAUCAGCAAAUACAUACCUAACCGAUUGAGCAGUGAUACAGCGCUACAGAGUACGGCCAAGGAUGAAUGGAACGAUGAUGAGUGCGACAUGCAAGACGCGCUGGAAGCGUCAGCUCGAGCCAAGCUCCCUAAAGAGGAAGCAGAGAAAUACUACGUCUCUAUUACGGAGAAGGAGAUCCAGAAAGGCAUGCUCGACGUGACCAACCCUGAACCAAGCUGCCUGUGGUUUUGGAGAAAAAUCGAUGACAUAGAGAAUAUCGACCCUACCAAGCACAAAACACUUAGAAGAUAUAUAGACUUGAGCGGAGAGGAAGAGUACUGGCAGGAAUCCCGAAGACUGCUUCAUACACUUGAGGAAACAAAGAUGAAAUCUCACCUCCCAGCCGAAAAUAUACACCAGACCAUCGUCCAGUGGACUGACAAAGGCAUUGACCCGGAUUAUGCUGAACACAAGAAAUACCUUAAAACUAUGACGGAGGAUUUUAUCAAGGAAAUGGUCAGGUUGAUUGACCUUGGGAUAAAACAGCGGUCAGCCAAGGAACUGACCGAUCCCCUCAUGCUGGAAUGUUGCCAACACAUACGAUUCUGUCAGCAAAAGUGUGAGAACUUCUGUGGAAGGCAGGCGUCCCUAGAAAAAAUCAAGACGUACAUAAAAUCUACGACCACGAAGCCUCUUAUUAUACACGGGGCCUCUGGAUGUGGAAAGACCUCCUUGAUGGCCAUGACAGCCCGAAACGUCCGGUCGUGGAUGCCAGACACACAGCCUGCCGUCGUGAUCAGGUUUAUUGGGACGACACUUGACAGCUCAAAUAUCAGUGGCCUCCUCCUCUCCGUCAUCUGUCAGAUAAAGGCUAUCUACAACCAGGAAUCACGUAAUCCAGAGAGCCUACAGGAAUUGGCUAAGGAACUGGAUUAUGUACUGAGUUUUGCCAAAUCUGCGCAACCUCUUGUCGUGCUACUGGAUUCAUUAGACCAGAUUGACAUCUCCCAUAAUGCUAGGAGUCUCUUCUGGUUACCGAGGACGCUUGGAAAACACGUCAAACUAAUAGUAUCAACACUCGAGGACGAGGAGUUCGAAUGCUUUCCAAAGCUCAAGGCUAUGUUCAAAGACGAAGAGGACUUUUGGCUUGUGCCUGAACUGAAACCAAUCGACGCUGAGGGUAUAAUACAGCAAUGGCUUAAAUCCCGAAACAGGACUCUCACUCCUACACAGUUAACCUUACUCAACGCAAGUGUCUACCACUGCCCACUGCCAUUAUUCCUGAAACUAUCUUUUGACAGUGCUCACAGGUGGAAUUCCUACAUGGACAAACGAGAAACUGUUCUACAGAAGACGAUCAGAAGCAGCAUCGAUACCUUGUUUUCUAAACUGGAGACUAGUCACGGGCAGAUAUUCGUGUCGAGGACCCUCGGUUAUUUAACCGCCUCUAGGAAUGGGCUGUCGGAGUCGGAGCUCGAGGACGUUUUGUCAUGUGACGAUGACGUACUCAAUGACGUGUACCAGUUCUGGGUACCACCAGUCAGACGGUUACCUCCCUUGCUACUGGUUCGACUAAAAGCGGAAAUACAGCAGUAUAUAGUGGAGAGAGGAUCUGAUGGAAUUCGUGUGCUGUAUUGGUACCACCGCCAAUUUAUAGAAGCCGCUCGAGCCAGGUACUGUAAAUCCAAUGUGUCCGUCAACAUUAACAAAGGACUGGCAGACUUCUUCUGUGGGAAAUGGGCAGAUGGAAAGAAAAAGCCAUAUGUAGACAAGAAGAAAAAGUCUGGUGAGGGUGACCGGCAUGUUUCAAGUCAACCCCUCAGACACGGAGACACUUAUAACUUGCGGAGAUUGAAUAACGCCCCCUAUCAUAGGGCACAGGUCAACGUUGUGGACCUCAAAAACGAAUGUCUGCUGAAUUUCGAAUUCUUACAGGCUAAAGUUGUGGCUUCUUCAGUACGACAUAUCCUUGAUGAUUUCGCGUUUGCCCGGAAACUAUAUCCAAAAGACCGUGACCUUGAGACUGUAGGAGCGGCGUUUGAGAUGUCCCAGGGUGCACUGCUAUACGACCCCUUACAAUUGGCUCCACAACUCAUGGACCGGUUGGCAGGAGAGCAGCUCACCAUAGACCUCCUAGGCCAGUGUAAACAAUGUAAUGUGCCGUUCUUCGCUCCUGACCAGGAAGUCCUUAUGAAACCGGGUGGUCAGCUGAUCUAUUGUUUGACCGGACAUCAGGGUCCUGUUCUUUCAGUGGCUAUCAGACAGGACGGAAAAGUUGCAGUUUCAUGUUCUGAUGACGAUGAAGAUUCCGUGAAAACGUGGGAUUUGACUGAAGGCAAACUUCUCAAGUCUUAUGAUGGCAUUAAGUUAAAUCCGUCCCAAGUCCGUUAUGUGUGUAAUGACAAGUAUAUCCUAGUAGACUACGAUGACGACUACAUUGCAAUACAGGAGUCUGGUGAGGUCGCUUUCUCCAUAGACAAUAUCGGCGGUCAGUCAGCGGUAGGAGGGAAGAACAAUACACUGCUAGCCACUUUCUGUGAUGAUACGGUUGAUGUUUACAAUGUGGAAAACGGGGAAUGCGUUUCUACGGUGGAAGUUUCGCAAUCUCAGCUGGCAUUUUCUUUGGGCAUGCCAAGUGCAAUUGCGGCCUCUGAGAACUACGUGGUCCUGACGGACACAGACCAGCACUACUUCACCGUGUACAACUACCCCAAACGAACUCUCAGUAACUGGGUACAGGUAUUCAGUUCCGAACGGGUUUCCGGUCAACCAGACCUCACCAUAGACGCCAUUGUGAUUAUGCCGGACGAGACACGAUUCAUUCUGUCUAAUGUCCGGGACAACGACCUGCAUAUUUACGAUAUAAAAUCAUUGAACAGGCUUAAAACAAUAAAAGGUUUCCGAAUGGACUUUGCCCAGAACUACAGGAUCACGGCCACCGGUAAUUUUCUGUACUUUCCUAGCGAGAGCGAGGUCGUUGUUUGGAACCUCAAGAAGGAGCAGCGGUCAGGUAUACUUCCUCAUCCAGUACCAUUACGUGACGUCAUUUCCUGGGGGUGGAAAACCAUGGUUACGGCAACAGACGACACCACAGUUCGAGUUUGGGAUCUGGAGCGAAAGGAAAAAGAGACAAAAAACCAAAGUGUGGUCCUCGGCCACGUGAUACGGCAUUUUAUCCCCAUGAACAACCCCCGUUAUGCUGUUGUUAUGGCACAGACGGACCGGACGGACACUGAGAGUGUCUGUCUACAGGUUUACGACAUCCAGACAAAGAAAGUUGUCCGUGAGGGCACACCGAAUGUUCCUCCUGGUGUGAUUAAGAUCGUUAACGACAAGCAGAUAGCAGUGGUCACGGGUUCCAGGAAAAUUAAGACCAUCAAUCUGGACACCAUGACUGUGGACAAAGUGUUCGAAGGCGAUGUUUCCGCAUAUACUGUAGAUAUUCAGGUCAAAUCUGACGGAUCAGAAAUCCUUACUCACACUAGAGGAAGACAGCAGUUUAAGAUAUACAACGCCACAACCGGAAAGACGAAAGCAAUUAUCAAAAGGCCGUCCAACGUCAAAAAAGACAAGAAAAGUCCAUUCGAGGAAUUGUUUUAUGUGAACAAAGACUGGACUGUGUUGGCUGGGCGUAUAUCUGUGGGUCCCUGGCUCGUGUAUGAUCUAUCAACUUUACAAUGUAUUAAAUCAAUUUCGCCCAACGAGUAUAAUUUUAGCGAUAUACCAAUACAGAAAACGGCUCUGUCUGAAGAUGGACAGACAUUGGUAUUUGGUGUCAAGUCCCACAUUGAAAGUCCAGGGUCCACCAAAGAAAAAUACCAAUUAACAUCGUUCGCCAUUUGGAGUACCAAAGAAAACAGACGUAUUGCUUCGUGUGAGGACAUCGAGUACCAGAACCACUACUUUGAGAUCGUCAACAGGAAGGGUGUGGACGUGUCGGUUGAUGAGAUACACGUACUGGAUGCCAACAGACUACUCACUGUACACGAUGAUUUCAUUCUCAGAGUUUGGGAUAGAAACACAGGAGAACUGCUUAAACGUUUGGAAGGACAUCAAAGUGCUGUACAAGUGUUUAUGAAAGAGGAUGGCCCUUACUUCUUCUCAUAUGCAACAUAUGAAGAGGAAAAUGCCAUUAGAGUUUGGGAUAUAUCUAAACUGGAAUGUAUAGCGAGCUACCGAUUAGAUCAAACGGUUGUAUCGACCAGGGUGUGUUCGGAUGGCAAACAAUUCAUUACUUCCACCAAAAGUCCAACUGCCCGCCUUAUUCACUGGAGAGUAGAAGGGUUAUAUAACUCUACCAAUCUGUCGUCAUGUCCGAUGCUGUAUAAGGGAACAGCCUCCAAUCCAAACCUGGCCCUCGUGGUUGAUGACGAUGACCUCAUAGAUGAAAAUGAUCUGGAUACUGAUGAAGAGGAGAGUGACGAAGAUGAUUAAGAUAGCGGCCCAACAAGAGACAAAUUAAUGUUACCGAGAUAAUCAUGUGACUGAAGAAAUGGUGCUCUUCUUGUCGUAAUUGUCUCAAUGAAAUCGUGUUGAUAUAUAUAUCAAUAUGUUGACCUUUACAGGUAGUAUCCACAUAGAGCAGUAUAACGGUGAGGGAGGAAUCAUGAUGCUGGUCAUCAAUGUCUCAAAUGUACCCCGUGUUCGUUUUCUACAGCGUUAUUGCUCCUACUUUUGCCUUUAGUUAUUAAAAAAAAACGUUCUCAGUGCAGCAUGAUGACUUAACGUGGCCAGAUCUGGUAUUCUUUGUGCAUAACAUGUCGAGAACUAAUGAUCACAACUUUUGACCACAUAUGCCUUCAUUCAUUAAAACGUAGCUUGUAUUGCCUGUUCGCUGCCGUAACUGUAAAAUGUAUGAUGUUAAACAGUAUGAUAAAACUAUAUUUGCUUUAUGAAGCAAUCAGAAUGGGUUACUACCAGAAAUCAAAAAAUGCCUCAAUAGAUCUUUCGGUGGCAACAAUCUAAAACGCCAUCCUUCCCCCUUUUCCGAUGCAGUCACACAACUAACAUUUUCUAGGUAUCCCUUACGUCUGGAAUGUGUUAAUAUUUAAACAUUAUCUCAGUAACUUAUCACAUAUCACACUCACUUCUAAAGCAGUUUGAGUGUUGUUAUUAUGUGUGUUUGUAAACCUUUGUCUUUGCAAACAACCAGUGUCUUUAAACUCUUUUUGUGUGUAAACAAACCGUACUUGCCUCUUCAAACGUUCAAGUCUAUUAACGGCAUAUGUGUUAGUUAAUUACAAUGAUCAUUUUUAUGGAAAAAACAUCUAUCAUGAACAUUGCAGAUGGUCGACUGUACGUGAUCAGUCUAACUGAACAUGGUAUGUUUCAAAAUAGUGCCUCAACGUAAUUAUUUUGAAAUAUGUGUUAAUAUAAUAUACCUAGAUGUUGCCUUAUUGUGACAGUUGGCUAUAAUACGUAGCUUAGUAGAAUUAGUUAAUUUGCAAAUUUUAUAAAGAGACGUUGUUAACCGAGUAUCUACUAGUUCUUUCAUCAUAUUAAUAUGUACCGGAGGUAACAUUUCAUACAUGAUUUCAGUUUCCAACCAAGAAGAAAUAUCGGUGAAUCAUGGCGUCACAAUGCAAAUUCACGUUUAAACCAAUUUAUGCACUCAAGCUUGUAUGCCAUUAAGUAUAAAGGUUUGCUGAUGAUGAGAAAUGAUGUGUGAAUUUGUCUGUUCGUCGAUGAAUGAUAUAAGUAUAACGUAUGAAAGAACGUAUGAAAGUCAAUUAUAUGGCAAAUACUUUCGUUUAUUCAAUAUACUCUUACACUUCAUAACGAUGUUGGUUAAUGUUGUUCAUAUUCAUAAUAUGUUAAAUGCGGGAAAUACGAUUAAUCCACUUUGCAAUAGAUAUACUGGUAUUUAUCAGUAUAGUACACAACUAGAUGUAUGGGCAUGUGUACAUGGUUUGUCUUUUUAAGGCGAUUUUUACAUUAAAAAGUUUGGAGCGUUCAUCAAAAUAUCUUGAACUAUCAUUGGUUCUGAUAUUAGCACUUAGGAAGUGAUGUCCCGAAAUAAGUUAUAAACUUGAAAACCGAUUGAUCGGGUGGCGACGGUCAGGGUUCGAUUCCAUAUAUAAACCUUUUUUCUAUGAUGCUUGUUUUAAUCAACCCUCGUUGAAUUAUAAAACUUUUUUUAUGUCGGAACAAAACGUAUAUUUGUUUAACUUUGUCUCUGAGAGAAAUAAAAGUAUAUUAUUUUA